GAACAAAUACCGAUAUUUCCGUAACAUUCAUUUGCAUAUGCUGUCAAUCAAAACAAGACAUAAGCUACAAAAGUCAACUACGCAACGUCGACUGUUUCACAACUUCCGCCCACAGCGAAGACAUCGUUUGAAAAACUACCUUUGCUUAAGACAGCAUGAAAAGUAUAAAGCUAGCCCUCGUGUUGGCGGUUACAGCGACCGGACCUGCGAGAGCGGAUCGUGGUCCGGCGAGGCCUUGGUCUGCCGACGUACAUCGGGUUGCUCCUCGCCGCCCUACCCGGCCGGAGCCUCGCGCAGCGGCUGCUCCUGGCCGUAUGCUGAGGGGGAGGUCUGCACCUACACCUGCUACUCCGGCUGGGAGCAAACCUCCGGCAACACCACUCGGACCUGCACCAACGGCCAGUGGUCCGGGGACCUGCUCGUGUGUGAGCGGACCUCAGGAUGUAGCGGCUGGUGGUCCUGGUUUUGCCGCUAAUGACGACAACAGGACAUGCGCAACAGCGUCCCAAAGCCUCAUCCAAUCACAACAAAGCACCCGCAAGUUUCAUCCAAUCACAGCCAAGAUAUGAUGCCAGACGUUUGAGUUAAGUAGGAGAUCAAACGAAAGGCGGAAAAAGAUCGCGGAGCCUCAGCUAUGUUUUCUUUGCACAGCAUGUAAGACUUAGUCCUAGCGCAUAUCACCUACUCUCAAAGCAGAGGUUAUGCUCCGCUUGUUUUUGACGUAUUUUACGGCGUUUCAUCGGGUUUUCUAUCUUCUUAGGGUUUCUAUUUUCUCUAUGUCCACCAACUGAAGAUAUGUUUUAUUCUCUGUUAAUAUUUAUUGUAAUAACAUGGACUGAACAUGCUUUAUUUUGCUUGAUAUACAUUUACAAGCGUCUAUAAAACAAUAAUAAAAGGUAUUGAACCUAUUGUC